AGGAACUCCGAUAAGAGAUAUCAAAAGGAAUAGCACGACAGAUCGUGACCACGGCGACCCCGUCCGCGUUGCCCGUGCAUCAUCGCCCCUGUCGUCUCCGGCCAACGGUGGUGCUCGCCGAUUCGGAUAUUACCACCCCCUCAAGACGCACGACGCGCGAGGCAUCUCCACUGCGACGCAUCGUCUCUCUCGCAGGAAACCCUAGGCAAACCCGAGUGUCCUCCUCCCUGUUGCGUGUAAGUCGGCCGGCGACACGACCGACCGACGACCAGGAUUCUCCCAGCGUUAGCGGCGGCGGUGCAGCGCGGCGCCUUCCCCCGCUCCUUGCUUCGCUCUGGUGAGUGCCUAGGGCCUCACCUUUUGAAACCUUGGUGCAUUUUAGUGCCUAGUGCCUUUGACAACACGGUCAUCACAAGAUAUUUAUUUUUCUUUGGCUUGAUGUUAAAGAUUGGGUUCCUUCUGAGGUAAGGGGAGAACCAGUGCCUGUUUGGUAGAGCAGCAGCAGUUGAAGUCGCUGCUGAAAUGUUCACCAAUGACAAGCGGCAGGCGGAGCGCACUGGGAGGCGUGGCACCCCUCGAGCCCAAUACCUUCAGGAACUUGUGACAGAGUUCCAGAAUGCAACAAAUGAAGAAUCAAAAGAGAGAAUUGUUGCGAAUCUGGCCAACUUUGCAUAUGAUCCUUACAAUUAUGCAUUUCUGCGCCAGCUUAAUGUAUUGGAGCUGUUUCUGGACUGCAUAACAGAGCCUAAUGAAAAACUUAUUGAGUUUGGCAUCGGUGGGAUUUGCAACUCUUGUGUUGAUCCGGAAAAUGCUGCAAUGAUCAUUCAAUGUGGUGGAAUUCCAUUGGUCAUACAAUGUUUAUCCAGCUCAGAUGGAAGUACUGUGACUUAUGCUCUUGGGGCUUUAUAUUAUCUAUGUAAUUCUUCUUCUAAGAAAGAGAUUUUGAAACCGGAAGUUAUUGAAGUCAUAAGACGAUAUGCUGCAUCUGGAUCUCCGAAUGUGAUAUAUAGCAAUUUGGCAAAUGCCUUUUUGGACAAGCACGUAAACAAUUGACAGUGGCUGUACCUUCAAAAUAGGGUAUUUGUCAUCAGUCAAAACUGGGAAUCCGAUUUCUCGAGCUGAAAGUUGCCUUUGGGCUUCAGCCUUCAUCUUUCGUUGAAAACUUGAGGUGGAAGGAGGGUUUUCACAGAAGAUAGCUCUGUCGGGUACUUCAGUUGCUUCAAACAUCUCAGUUCCUCAUGCGGAUAUGUAUCAUAUUGGUGUUCCUCGCAGAGGUCUGCUGGUUCCACACACAGGCAGGGACAGAGAUCGGUCGAGAAAUGGAAGGGCCCGGGCAAAAUUAGUAAGAUUUAUGGUGACUGGAUUGAUGACAUUGAGUAUAACUUUGAACACAGCACCAGUUUAUGAGUCAGUUGAUCUCAAUUUAUGAAAUUGGCACAUGAUAAAUAAAGGUUCUGUUUCUGGCUUGCGUUGUGACA